AUGGCCCUGUCGCUCUACCACGUCCCGCUCGCGGGCUAUUUCGCCCUCAUCGCCAGCCUCGCCGUCAAGGUGGCGCCUGCCUUUGCGCCCAAGCGGCUCAACCGCCCCGCCGUCGCGUUCCUCGUCAUCGCCUUCGUCUCGCUCGGCUUCACCUGGUCGUACAUGUUCGCCUACUUCCGCCUGUCGUUCAACGAGUCGGCCCUGCGCCACGGCACCCUCCCGGCCCUGUACUCGACGCACGACUGGCUCGCCGACGUGUCGCUGUUCCACGAGGCGUGGCACUACGUGUGCGACGGCACCCGCAGGUGGUGGUGGUCGCAGCAGCUGUGCCUGUGGACGACGGGCCCGCUCACGCUCCUCUUCAUGGCCGACGGCAACAAGUACGGCGUCAAGCACCUGUGGGCGUACAUGCUCCUCGGCCAGGUCGUCGCCAUCAGCUUCGCCCAGUCGCUGUGGGCCGCAGCCGUCGUCGUCGCCGCGUCGUCGUACACGCGCGCCACUGCGGACGCCUCGACGCCUGUGCGCCCUCGUCCUCGCCAGAGCCAAAUCACGGUCGGCGUCAUGGUCGCCAUCGUCAUCGCGACGACGAGCGUCGUCUUUGUGCCGCGCACCCUCACGUCGACGAUGCCCCUGUUCCUGCCCAACCUCGUCCUCAUGCACGCCGUCCUCGUCAUCCCGUUCGUCCCCGCCAUCGCCAAGCGCGACUGGGUCGUCUCGCCGCGCCUGUCGCGCUUCUACCUCAACGGCGCCUUUAUCUCGCUGCGGUUCCGCGCGCCGCUCCUCAUGGAGCUCCUCGGCAAGGACCAGCCGUUCUCGCUCGAGGGCGUGCGCGACCGGCUGCCGCAGCUCCUCGUGCGGCAGUGGGACACGCUCAACGAGCACCCGGCGCAGGCGAGCAUCUCGUGGGACGUCGUGUUUGCGAGCGUGUCGGCGCUCGCGUACCUCGCGUGGUCGUCGCGCGCGCGCGCGGCGGGCGUGCACGAGGGCGAGCAGGUGGCGUGGCCGAUCCUGGCGCUCAUGGCGCUCGCGACGCCGCUCGUGGGCAUCUCGACGAGCGUGUCGGUCGGGCUCGCGAUCCGCGAGGGCAAGCGCGAGGCGAGGGAGGACGCAGUGGCCAAGCUGGACAAGGCGAGGCGCGAGCAGGCCGUGCGCGAGCUCCAGGGGCUCGGCAAGAAGGACGAGUAG